AUGUCCUCAACAAACGAGGAGGACCCCUUCCUCCAAGUCCAACAAGAUGUCCUCAGCCAAAUUUCGUCCAUCCGGCCGCUCUUCGCCUCCUACCUUCGCAUCCGCUCCCUCGCUUCCUCGCACACCUCCCCAGAACUGACAUCCGCGCGCACCGAGCUCGAAACAGCGCUGUCCUCCCUCGCAGAAGACCUCGCCGACCUCGUGGCCUCUGUCCAAGCCAUCGAGUCCAACCCCUCCCAGUUUGGCAUCUCCGACCAUGAGGCCUCUCGCCGGAAGCGUCUCGUCCAGGAAGUCGGCGCCGAGAUCCAGGACAUGCGCGAGGAGCUCAACAAGAACAUUGCAAACGCAGGUGGGGGUGGAGGCGGCGACUUGCCGGACCCGAGCUCCUUUGCGAUUGGCGACGGCGACGGCGGCGGCGAUGCGUACACUGAGUUUGAGCAGCAGCAGCAGGUGGAGAUUAUGCAGGAGCAAGACAGACAUCUUGACGGCGUGUUUCAUACCGUUGGUAACCUGCGCCGUCAGGCGGACGAUAUGGGCCGAGAGCUAGAAGAGCAAAAUGAGAUGUUGGAAGUGGUAGAUGACUUGGCGGACCGGGUAGGCAACCGACUGCAGACUGGUAUGGCCAAACUGCAGUAUGUGAUGCGCAAGAAUGAAGAUCGGCUGAGCAGCUGUUGCAUCGGAGUUUUGAUCUUCGUUUUGAUACUACUACUGGUUCUGUUAUUGAUCUUGUAAUAGAGAGAGGGAGGGGAGAACUGGUUGGCUUCUGUGUUUUUACUAUUUUCAUGCCUGGGAUCUCAUCUUUAUGAGAGACGUUAAAAAAGGGAACAGACGUCUUAUAAUGGGCAAAUGUAUACUGGGGUUAGGAGUUUUUUUUUUUGGCGGAAUGGCUUCGCGCCGACUUAUCAUGGUUGAUACACUCUUGUACUUCCACAGCAAUUUUUUUUCCUAUACAGUUGUAACGAUAGGAUGAUGCAAGAUAGAGCAAGAAUAGUGGGCAUUUGUUCUUUCAUUAUGCCCAUAGCUUAG